AUCAACAUCCACUUUCCCUUUUCAGGUGCCAUGAACUACCCAUCAACAACGCAGGCGCUUUUUGCGCUGAUUGUCAUGAUCAUCGUGCUGCUGUUCAUCCUCGUGUACUGCUGCUGGGGCACCUUCUCCUGCGCUCGCCAGGACGACGCCUCCACCGCAGAGGACGGCGCCGUGGGCACCCAGCAGCAGGCGCAACAAGGCGGCGGGCAGAUGGUCAUAGUUCCGUUCAGCAACAUGUUAUAUGUGGGAGACCCGGAAUCGCGGCGCAUCUACCAGAUCCCCCUCGACCAAGACAAACCUCCUGCGUACACCGAGGUGUUCACCGCCGGGCCUCCCCCUCCUUACAGCACGGGCACCACUGCCACGGACGUCUCUCCUGCCACUCCCGGCGCAGAGCCCGAGAGCAGAGCCUUGCUCCCGGACCUUCCUCCUUCCUACGAGGACUGCCUGACCAACCCUUCUUCAGACGACAAGACUCAGGCUGUUGCCGCGGAACCUACUCAGGAUCGAACAUCUGCUCAGGGAUCAAAUAACGCCCAGUCCUCCACCGAAUCUUCAAGCCCGCAGACAGCUGGCACUAUAGCCCCUGAGUUGCAACCAUCCGCUAUAGUGUCCAGUGUGUCAGGCCAAACAGAAACUCUGAUCUCACCCAACGUAACCCAAGGCUGGAGGCUGGAAGGUAUCAUCCUCCGACCUGCCAACCUGUCAAGCUUAGAGAGAAGAGGGGUGGAGGCUGAAGACAGCACAACCCAACCGUCCCAGAAUAGUACACAAUCCAGCUGAGAAAAUAACAUUAAUAUUGUGUUGUUUUAGAUAAAUUAUCCUCUUCUUUUUCCAAUGAUCUAUCUCAAACUAUAUACUCUGACAUAUCUGUGCCCUGUGGUGCAUAAAAUGAAUGACUGAUGUGGAUCUAAUAUGUUGCAAACAGUGGACACACUCCUUGUCUUUAAACAAUGUUGCAUACGACUCAUGUUCUCUGUAUCAAGGAACAAAUCUAGUCAGCCUGCUCCUGAAAAGUUCUCCGACAUCUCGCCUAGAACUAUUACUGUGGCUUAUCCUGGAUUAUGUUCUUGACUAUGAAUAUUUUAUACUGUGCAUAUGUGAUAGGUCAUGAAAUGGCUUAGUAUCUAAGGAUCUUUGUGUAUACACAUAUCUUCUUCCUUGUCGCAUUAUAUUGUGUUCUAUCUGUGUCCAUUUCUACUGUGAUGAGAUAAAAAAAAUGUUAAAAAAAGUUAAAAUGUGUAAUGUGAUAAUCACUUUCUUGUUUUUACAAUGUAAACACUCUAGCACAUGCUAACAUAUCUCUACUUUUUAAUGCUAAAUGUCUUAAGUCAGCUUAAAGUAUAGGCCUAAGAAUCAGUAACAAAAAGGGAGGAAAAAAUGUAAAUAUAUAGUUAGUAAGGUGAAAGAAUAACGACAGCUCAAAGAACCUGUCAAUCCAUGAACUGAUAUUUUGACCCAAGUCUAGGUAAACAGAUACAUAGUGAUUUCAGUUCUUUUCUGUACGAGAAUCACGCAAGCUUCUUAAUAUCAGCAGUACCAAAACAGGGACAAUACAUAUUGCAUAGUAAUAAGGAUUAUUAUAUUGUCUUUUUUGAAUGAUGUUUGUAAUACUAAUACAAACUGAUCUAGUUUUUAUUUGAUAUUAUUUCAUUAAUUUUCUUUUUUUCAUUCUUUUUUGACUGCAAUUGUUCAUAUAUCCUCAAGUAUAACGAUGAUCUGUUGAAUAUGUACAUCUAAGGUUUCUAUAAUGAUGCUGACAUAUAUAGACUAAUUAAAUUUUUAAAAAUCUCAUUAACCAUAUUGUGUUCAAACUUUAUACUAUAGACACAACGGAGAAUUUUGAAAGAACCGAUGGUUGUGAAUAAUGAUCUUGAGUUUUAAAAAAUGUUAAGCAUUUAUGUAUGACUGUUUUAUUAAAAUUGGAAAAAAUGAAA